GGUCCUGAACGGCCCGGAGUAAUUUACAAGUAGUGCAAGAGCCACUCUAUCUGCAGCUCUUUCAGGUAAUCCUGUACAACAUAGCCUUGCAUGAAACAAAUGGGGGAAAGGAACGAGAUGAAUGAGUUGAUUGAAGUCGCGGGGGCGUUCGUUAUUCGCUCCGGUCGCGUUCGCGGCUAACCCGAUUUCGCGUAUCGCUGCCUCGAAAACAUCUAUUGCCUGUUUGGGUGUUGUAUCUUCACCGCCUGCUGCUUCUGUCUGAUAGCCUCGCGGUGCUGCGGAAUCAACUCCGGGCUUGCAGAGGAAUUGAUUAGAAGAUAAAGAAAGGCAUAACAUCAGACACCAUGUCUGCCAUUCAGAUCCCUCCCGAAACAUGGCGGCAUCUUCUACGCUCCUUACUCCGCGAAUGCUCCUACCUCCCUGACCCUGUCGCCAGAGUUACAUUUCAUGCUCAGAUCCUCCAACGAUUCCGACGGUAUACCCAGAAGAAAGAGACGGAUCAACAUCGACUUCUAUUACUCCGGAAGUCGGCAACACACCAACUGUCUCUGCUCAGACGAGCCAAUGAGGGAUAUACAAAGCCACUGGAAAAGGUCUUGCAGCAGGCUUAUGGCCGCAGAGGGCGACGGAGACAAGAGCUCAUACAAGCAUUGGUCACACCAGCGGACGCAGUGGACGCAUUGAAUGCGGCGGAUACGCAGACAGUGGCACCGGAAGCACCAGAGAUGUUCGAGGAUGGAUGGCGGCCUCCCUCAGUCAUGGUUGAUCUUUUGAAAGCCCAGAACCGUAACUCGAUGAUCACGACGCUGAAUGCCGGCUACUACACUAAGCAAGUCGAACCAGUUGUUCCCGCGGAGAAUAUCUGGGGGAAGCCGCUCGCUCCAUCUCGCCGCAGGAACAUUCGGAGGAAAUGGUACAAUCAGACGCUACAUAAUCUGUUUCCGCCACUGCCUGACUCGGAGCUCAAGGUGUUGGAGGGUCUUAUGUCGGGGACUAUACCAUGGACGCCGCCCAAACGACGAAAGGCAGUUGGGACUUCUUUCGCCCCUGAGUCUACUCUAGAUGCUGGCUUUCUGACAGAGGGACCGCAGAAGGGUGAUACAUUUGAGAAUUAUGUUGACGGACGACCCCAUAACAUCACCCGACGGUUCAUGCAGAGGCUCUGGAAACGCAUAUCCUGUCUAGUUCCUCGCGUGAAUUGGGAUACUAGAAGCGGAAAGCCUGCAUUCACCUGGGAUGUACUCUACUCAGGACCUAAGCUGGCCCUGAAGUUGGACGAAAGCACAGCGUCUGAGCUCUUCGCAGGCAUCGAUGCCAAUGGUCGAAUGAUCAAAGAUCAACCAAAAGAAGCGUCAGGAUGAAUAUUAACCACUCAACAUAAUCAAUCAUGGAGUAUGUGACAAAGGACACAACAC